AGAAUGACAUUAUCGUGCAGGUGGACAUGCACACAGCAAAGAGACACCUAAAAUGAUAUAUUCUGCAGCUCUUCUGCGCAUCAGUUGUGUGUGAGACUUUGUGGUUUGCAUUAUUUUAGAUCUGACUGUAGCGCUGUAGCGCUUGCUUGAUUCCUUCGUUUGUGUGUGAAAAAAAAAAAUAAUAACAGAAGGGCGAACAUGAAAGCCUGGGCUUGGCAUCGCUAGCGGUUGCCUGACAAAUAAAUAAUAAUAAUACAAAAUCUCUCUGCAUUUUUUUUUUUUUUAGAAUUACUUAGUAACGGAAUGCAGAGACAGGGUUUUUAAUCCAGUAGCAUUACGCCGUUUCCGGUUCCUAGCUGGUGUUUCCCCAUUACAAAGUAUUGGAAAAACAGCAGAUCCAAAUGGCAUGGACAUUUACGCAAGGUCUGCUGCUCUGCCGUUCUGUUGGGGUCUAUUUGCAGUCUCCUAUUUCAACUCAACUCCAUCAUCAUCAACCAACAGCAUCGAAAGCACUGCAGCAGCAAGAGCGACUACCGAGCCCAAGCAGACGGCAUGAGGCUUGAUCCAGUCCAUUUCUCUAUGCUGGUCAUCGGGGUAUCCUUCGCCUGCUACUCCCCGAGUUUAAAUUCUCUGCAGGACCAGGCUUACAGAUCGGCUGUAGUCAUUGAAGGAAAGGUCCAGUCUCUACCCACUAAUGUUACCAAGGAGCCCUACAGUGUGAAUGUCAUAGUGCUGGACGUGUGGCCCCUUAACAGCGGGGGGCUUCAAAGGGACCAGCUUGUGACCAUCGGGGAUUUUGGUUCGGAGCCUCCGUGUAUCAGACUGAAAAAUAACCACAAAUACGUGUUUUUCAUGGACCUAACUGACAAGCCCUUGGUAUUCAAGGCAUCGUUCGCUCCUCUGGACACCAGCGGGAAGAAUCUAAAAAAAGAUGUUGGGAGGAUCUUGUGCGAAGACUGCGCCUCUCCCCCAAAGAUAAAGAAGAUCAAGAACCAGGUCCUUCAGGAGGGAGAAAAACUCACCCUGAAAUGUGAGGCCACGGGUAACCCCACCCUCACCUACAAAUGGUACCGGGAUGGAACAGAGCUGAAUAAGAGCCCAGAGAUCAAAAUCAAGUCUGGGAGGAAAAAUUCUCGGCUCCAGAUCAGCAGUGUGAAGGUAGCCGACGGAGGGGAUUAUACCUGCGAAGUGGAGAACAUUUUAGGCAAAGAAACUAUGAAGACUACUAUCAGCAUCCAGAGCAUCACAACAACCUUGUCACCUGGGUCAGGCCAUGCAAGAAGGUGCAAUGAAACAGAAAAGAAUUUCUGUGUGAACGGAGGCGUGUGCUACUACAUAGAUGGUAUAAACCAACUCUCAUGCAAAUGUCCUGCAGGAUUCUUUGGACCGCGAUGCCUGCAGACUGAGCCUCUGAGGUCAUACAUGCCCAAUCCUAAUAAAAAGCAUCUUGGAUUAGAAUUUAUAGAAGCAGAGGAGCUCUAUCAGAAGAGGGUCCUGACAAUUACCGGGAUCUGUGUCGCGCUGCUUGUAGUUGGAAUUGUGUGUGUGGUGGCCUACUGCAAAACAAAGAAACAAAGAAAGAAGAUGCAUAACCAUCUGAGGCAGAACAUGUGUGCCGAUCAUCAGAACAGAAACCUUGCGAACGGACCCAACCACCCUGGCCCGGGGCCCGAGGAGAUCCCCAUGGUCGAUUACAUUUCGAAAAGCGUUCCAGCUACUGAACAUGUGAUACGGCACGACGCGGACACUUCAUUUUCUGGCAGCCACCCUUCAUCUGUGUCUCAUCAUUCUUCGACAGUGACCCACACAUCCAGUCACAGACAUGAAGACCGCACGUGGAGCUUGGACCGGACUGAGAGCGUUAUUUCAGACUCCCAUUCUGGCAUGAUGUCAUCAUCGGUGGGGACCAGUAAAUGCAACAGCCCUGCCUGUAUCGAGGCUCGAACCAGGCGCGCGGCUCACUGCGGCAUCAACGAACCACCGCGGCCCAUGGUGCAGUACAGAGACUCCAUCGACUCCCUCUUAGACUCGCCACACAGCGACAGGUACGUGUCGGCUCUGACUACACCAGCCAGGCUCUCUCCCGUGGACCUCCAUUACUCACUGCCUACCCAGGUGCCUACUUUCGAAAUCACUUCUCCCAACUCCAGGCAUGCUGCUUCCCUGCCCCCUGCGGCCCCCGUCACUUACCGCAUGGAAGAGGAACAGUCGUUGCUACGCAGAUACCAGGUGCCGCUGCAGGAUGUCCAAAGACAUGACCCGUACCGGCAGCGGCGUAGCUAUCUCAACGACAGCACGGGCAGCCUGCCGUCCAGCCCCCUCCGCAUGGUGGAGGACGACGAAUACGAGACCACCCAGGAGUACCUUUCCUCGCUGGAGCAACCAAAGAAAACAGCCAGCAACAGCAAACGGUGGAAAAAGUCCAAACUCAACGGGCAUAUCUCCCACCGGGGAGAGGCCGUGAGGGACGACAGCUCACGAAGCUGCAUGUCUGAAAGUGAUUCGGAGGAGGAGCACGUUGGGGAAAGCACUCCUUUCUUAAGUAUGCAAAACAUGAACAUGGCGGAAAAUACAGAACUGUCGACUGUAUACAAACCGGCGGAGAGCAGGACUUAUUAUUCAUCUAACAGACACAAUGCACGUGGAAAUGUACAAACCAGAGGAACACACACAAGAGCAAAACAAGACUCUGCUCCUCUUUAAAAAGAAUGAGGAAGAAAGAAAGAACCCGCUCGAGACCUGCACCUCCCACAAAUAUCUUUAUUUUAUAUAACAGACAGAUAUUCGAAACAAAGGAAAUGUUUUAUUUUCAUUUUAGCAAAAGUUGUCUACUAGCUAACAGCAAAGACUUUUUUUAUAGGGAAAACUAUUUAUAUGUAAAAUUUGAUUUACAGCUUACAAGAAAAGAGAGAAGACGUGCCAAUUUUUCACUACUUAAAGAUAGAAUAAUAUUGUGGUGCCUUUUGCUGUAUGCUAAUGCCAGAGUUCCUGCUAAGGUUUGAGUUUUUUGUAUCCUUUCUAUAAAGACUCAUAAUUUUUUAUAGACACGUUUUCUCCCGAUUCUGUUUCAGGGGGCGUUUUCCCAUUUGAACAGUGUUGAUGAAUAUGAUCAUACAUGCUGGUUAAGCUCUCAUGCAAUAUAAGUUAGUAUUUUUACAUUAAAAACCCAUGGAUGCAUUAAUCAGUUUUUAACAGAAAGAUGCUAUUGUAAUUCUGAGAGGUGAGUAUGUGUCAACAGAAGGUGUAAUGAUACAACACACAUGAAACCUGUGAAGAGUGCCGACGUCAAAUGAUCAAAGUCACUUCUCUGGCAACAUUUUAAAUUUGUGUAUUUAUUGUAGUUUGAUUGGGUUGUUAAAUCGAUUAAAACUCUUUAUUUCAGCAGUAGGUUUUCAUUUACACAAGUUCACACCUGUUGUUUCACCAACACAAGUUCACACCUGGUCUUAAUAUCGAAGAAAUGCGACUUGAUGAUUUCACAUUUUUGCUCUUCAUGUAUAUAUUUACGCAUUCAGGAUGGGCCAAAAGCUGCACACCAUACCGAGUCUAUUUAGGGCAGCUUGUGUUGAGCCCCAUUGUCUCAUUCUGCUGAUGCCUCUGGUUAAUGUGUGGAGCCAGCCAUUCAUUCUCUUUGUACUUGCCUCUUGAAAUGAGAAAGCAGUCUAAAGGUGACCUCUCCAGUGGCCAGCCUUUUCUUUAUCCAUUUUUCCAAUGGCACACAACUUUCUCCUCACCUCCUGUAUAUGUGGGAUCCAGCUGAAUUGUAAACCCUAUAUUGCUAGGGCUCGACUCAACCCUAUUGUUAAAUCUAGUCCCUAGCCCAAUGCCUGUACCCCUUCCCAAUCUAACAAUGCUAACAAGGGAUUUAGAAAGAUUAUGAUUGGGUCACAGUUCAGGCAGAGAUAUUUACACUAAUUCUGUUUUUUAUAUUAAACUGGUCAAAACAAUUGGGGUAGUUGAAAUGUUGGGUGACGUUGUACUUGGGCCCAGCUACCAUGGAGCCCCACUAUGAGCCCUGGCCUGUUUGACUGGUGGACAGUAUAUAGCGGCUGUGCAUUCUGCAUAACAUUAUAUUCCUCAUGAGUCAUGCAAGUAUAAGACGAUGACACUGCUCUGGUAUAAAGUGAAUCUAACACAAAGGCAACAUUCUCCAUUUCUUUGAGAGAAAAACAGAACUACAACAAAUAUAAACUACUUCUUCUUAUCGAAGGCACAGUGUUAUUAGCAUAAUAAUUAAAAGAUUUCCUAGAGUAGAAUCUGCUUUCAUUUUUAAGUCUGUCACUGGUAAAUUGCAAUGUUUUUUUGUUUUUUUUUGUUGUUUUUGUGUUUGGGUAAUGCAAAUGAACACAGUGUUUCUAGUUGUUUACAUGUCAAAGUGCCCCAAUAGGAUAUUUUAGUUGUUUUGUUUAUUUCAUAGCUUGACCUUUUUCAGAAAAAAAAACUAAACAAAAAGCAACACCUUCUUUCUGCAUGUCGUUGGCAAUUCAGAUGGACGGAUGCAUGGUAAAGUUGCAACAGAAAAGACUUCCAGUCUUAAGAAAUGAAAGUGUGUUUAAUUUAACAUUCAGCAAUAAAGCCUUUUUCAUGUCCAUUACUGGAAACUGCUGGAGAUUUUGCCAGAUUGUGGUAAAUACUUGUAAAAUAAAAACUGAACCACCUGUUCAUAUGAAAAAAUAAAUCUUUAUUCAUACCA